ACAGUACAAAUUUGGGGCACAUGAAACGUCACAGCGGUUCGGGUCGGGUCAUUUAAAACAGAACCCACAGGUUAAACUCGGGGCCACCAUUUUGAUUUUAUGAGCAUUGUUCCUCAGCCUGACAUUUUGGGUUUCAAACAGAGCAUGAAUGCAGGUGUCAUCACAGCUCAGAGGAAACAAGACUUUUGACCCGAGUACACGUGAUUGCAGUGUAAACUACCUUCAGGUUGUGUACCCUUUCCUCAGCAUGAGUGGCUCCAAAGUCCUGUUAGACACUACGCCCAUGAAUUUCACCACCAUGUUCGAUGUCAUACCAGCGCUGACUUAAUUUCUUGCGUCACAGAGUCUGAAGGGAGAAAAAUAUCAAAAAACUACUUGAUUUUUGCAACACCGACUGACUGCUGAGCUGGACACAUAACAGGCGUCAAAGGGAAUCCACAGGCUUUACAUCCCACUUCCAAACUUUGCAGGCAUUAUCUGCCCAGACCCACUGAACAGUCCAUGGCACGUGUUCUCUCCCUGUUCCGGCAUCAGCCCUUUUUGGCCCUGAGGGGCAGGAGAAAACCUCCGCUGUGCAAAAUGUCAAUGGACUCACGGGCACGCGGGGUGUUUGCAGCCGCAGUGGAAGCUGUACAGCCUGACACGGUGGUCCGCCAGAGUAUAGAGCGCAAGAAGGACUCUGUCAUUAUUGACGGUCACAAAUUCACACUCAAGCACAACUUGCACUUGGUGGGCUUUGGAAAAGCUGUGCUGGGUAUGGCUGCAGAGGCAGAGAGGAUUGUGGGGGAUCAUUUGGUGAAAGGAGUAAUAAGUGUGCCACAUGGGAUUCAACAGACUUUACAGCAACACGGGAAAGGCCAUCUAUUGUUAAAAGAAAACAGUCGCAUCAAAGUAAUUGAGGGAGCAAAACACAACUUGCCUGAUGCUGAUGCCCAGAAAGCAGCUGAGGAGAUCAGGCAGUUAGCCAGUGGACUGACAGAGGAGGACCUGCUACUUGUACUGAUUUCAGGCGGAGGUUCUGCGCUAUUACCUGCACCCAUCCCACCAAUCUCUCUGCAAGAGAAGCUGGAUGUUACUCGCAAGCUUGCAGCUGCUGGUGCCACCAUUCAAGAGCUGAACACUGUGCGACGUGCCCUGUCUUUCCUAAAGGGUGGAGGGCUUGCAAAUUUUGCUCACCCUGCCCAAGUAAUUUCACUGAUAUUGUCCGAUGUAAUUGGGGAUCCCCUGGACUUGAUCGCUAGUGGCCCCACUGUACCAACUGAGGUGUGGCCCGAAGAAGUUUUGUCGGUCCUUGAACGCUACAAGCUGUUAAACUCUGUACCACCCUCUGUGAACGAUGUCCUUGGUAGAACAAGUCCCAGGGAGAGUAAGGAUAAAUCUAGUACAUCAGGACAUGUUCUCAAUGCUGUGAUUGGCUCCAACAGCCUUGCCCUUAAGUGCGCGGGCCUGCGGGCUCGAGAGCUCGGUUUCCGCCCUGUUGUGCUGGCACCAGGAGUGUGUGGCGAUGUGAGGUCAGUCUCCAGACUUUAUGGUCUCCUGGCCCGCUUUGCCUGUUCUCGAGAGGAACCUCCUCCAGAGCUCGCAGCUGAGAUGCUCAGGCUGGGACCCGAAGUAGGUGUGGAGAGCUGGGACCUCUGCCGUACCAUGCAGGUCUUUGAAGAAGGGCGCACAGAAGGAUGGGGUGCCACGUGUCUGUUAGCUGGAGGUGAGCCCACUGUGGAGCUGACAGGCAAGGGCCGCGGCGGUCGAAACCAGGAGCUGGCUCUCCGAGUGGGAGUGGAGCUGAGAGACCUGAAGCACCCACUCAAUGGACCCGUCUUCCUGAGUGGUGGAACUGAUGGUCAGGAUGGACCCACUGAGGCAGCAGGAGCCAUUACUGAUGCAGGGUUGUGUGAAGAGGCACAAGCACAGGGGCUGGACAUCGAUACCUUCCUUACAAAUAAUGAUUCUUACACCUUUUUUUCACGUCUUUCUGCUGGGAAGCGCUUGCUUGUACCUGGUCUAACUUGCACCAAUGUGAUGGAUGUGCACAUGCUACUUAUUCCACCAAUUCCCAUAAACAUCAGAUAAUUCCAGAGAACACUAAAAUGUCAGCCUAUCUGACUCAGCAUUGUAUUACUACAUUUUUGCCUGUGAAACUCUGUGAGUCUACGUGAAAGAAGGACAGGUAUUACCAAAUUAAAUUCUAAUGACCACUGAAUGUAAGAUUGCAUCAGCUGUGUUAACAGUAUUAAGAUUUCAGUAGAGUUUCUUUAGAUCACUGAUAAAUCUUUUUUAC